AUGGCUACAACAUCCCAACCAGCCUCCUUGGCUAGUAUUAUAGUCGCCCGCUUUCUACGGUCGAACAACUAUAACGAUACCCUGGACACUUUCAUCCGUGAAGGGGGUCUAUCCGCAGACGUGGGGCAAACCGACAGCGGAAGUAGCAACUGGACCAUUGAAGGCGUACUCGAGGAGAAGAAAGCAUUCGACAAGAGCGUCAAUUUCGAACGAUACAACGAGGAUGAGAAGAAAGAUGUAUGGACUGUCCCAGCACCAUCAAAACCAACAAUCAUUCAAACACCAACGUCGUCAAAUCUCCUUGCUGCAUCCGUUGAGCAAUGGCAACAACACCCAAAUGACAAGCCAUCACCUCACCUAGUUGCCACAGGCGCAGACAGACAGCUCCAUUUCUUCAAAACAGCCGAGGGAAAUGAACCUGUCAAGGCCUUUGCUGGCCACUCCGACUCGCCAAUUCUGUCUUACGUAUCUGUCCGCAAUGGCAGAUAUAUCUUCAUGACCAAUAUGUCCGGCCAGCUUGUCUUGCAGUGCGGGGAAGAUGUCCUGGGGAAGAGGAAGGAUCAUGCGAAAUAUGCGGUUAAGGUUGUUGCGCAUGAGGAUCCUUCGGGGAGGGUGUUGGUUGCUACGGCGGGAUGGGACUCGAAGAUUUGCGUUUAUAAGUUCGAUUUCCCAGUUGAAAGUGAAGGGGAAGACGUGAUGCUAGACGAGCCCAUUGCGUACAUAAACCUGGACACUAACCCGGAGACUAUGCUGUUCGUUAAGCAUGUUGAUCUGGGGCAUACGAUGCUGCUCGUUUCGAGACGAGAUUCGACGCAUCUGUAUUACUAUCAGGUUGAUACUACCGGGCAGAAUACACCAUAUGAAUGCAGAUUACUCGGAAAACAGAAUCUGGCUCCUCAUUCCAACGCCUGGAUCACCUUCUCCCCAUCCAGUCUAGCCCUGCAUCCACACGACCCUGGCCUCCUGGCAGUCGCAACGUCAUCUCUCCCGCACAUGAAAGUGAUCUUCGUGCGCCUCCUCUUCCCAUCAGCAGAGAGCUUCAACCCAGAAACCGAACCUCAACCAACCCCAGAACCCAUAACCCAAGCUACGCAAGCAUUCGAAGCCCUAGCACUCCAGAACCGCGAAGACGCGGCUAUCCUGAUCCAGGCGAAUACAUUCGCGCCGCAAACUGCGUACUCGACGCCGCAGGUUCUGUGGAGGCCAGAUGGGUCUGGGGUUUGGAUUAAUGGGGAUGAUGGGGUGGUGAGGGGGGUUGAGGCGCGGACGGGGAAGGUUGUGGGUAUGUUGAAGAUGGGGCAUGAUGUUGGGUGUAAGGUGAGGACUAUCUGGGCGGGAUGGGUUGAGGUUGAGGGUGUUAGAGAGGAAUGGGUUGUUACUGGUGGGUUUGAUAAGAAGCUUAUUGUUUGGAAGGGGUGA